AGUAGGCACAUUAAAUUUACAUCUAGGCGUAUGUUUACAAAUACAAAUAUACACAGAAAUAAAACUUUGUUUUAGAACCUGUAUCCAGUGAUCUGACUCCCUUAAAACAACAUGGAAACGAGGAGGAAGAGACAUCUCUCUUCAAUGGAAUCAAGCUCGAAGUCCAAAAGACCCAGGAAAAGGAACGAAGUUUCACUGCAAGAAACCAAAGAAAGUUCGGAUCCAGAGGACAUAAAUACAAAGAACUUGAAGACAGAUGAUGAGAUAAUUACAGUAGAAUUAGAUGAGAAUGAAACUAUAGACUACCCAUCAAAAAAGACAAGAAAAUCCAGUAAUCGAAAGGAUCGUGUGUCAAAAGCUGAUAAAUACUCUUCUAAAGAGCACAUCAAGGUCCUACUAGAUGAUGAAGACUCUCCUGAUAAAGAAGAAACACCAAACCAACUACUGGUCAACAAGCAUGCUUUUCUGAAUGUAUCAGAGAUAGCAACAGAGCAGAGUGGUGAUAAGGAUGUAGAGAGACCUUUAUCUGCAGAAUCACCUCUAUCUGGUAAGGAUAUUAGAGCCUCAAAUGAAUCACUGAUUAAGCAGACUACCUAUGAACAAACAGAACAGGGAACUACAGUACCACUGGUAACUCCCUCCAGCAGGACAACAAGAAAACAACUGUUAACCAAUAGAGAUGAGGAGUCUCUAGUUGCUGCUCAAUCAAUGACGAGCUUAGCCAAUGGACACAGUUCAAAGGAAGCAGAUGUACCAGUGGAGAACCAAAGUCCAGGCAUUGCUGAGGAAGAUAGGUCCCCAGUAAAUAGGGGAAAUGAUAAUGAGGAACAGAUUCCUAGCAUCAGAUACAGAAUGGACCCCACCUACCAAGAUCUCAGUGGAGAACCAAAUACAAAUCAUACAGAAAAAGAGGGGAUUGAGGAAUCAUCACUUCCUUCAAUACAGCCAGGCAAUGAGUGGAAUGCACAAGGAGUUCCUCUACAGAGCAGUAACUUUAACAAUCGCUGGAACUAUCAUUCUCACGACUACAGCUGCAAUGAAAGCAAUGUUCUACCACCGGCUUCCAGCCUGCUGAAAGUUCCUCGCAUAUAUGAUGAAAAUAUGAACAUACAACAUGGAGCCAACAGCUACCAGACAGCCAGACCAGGGCCAAUGCCAGGGUUUACCAAUAACCUGGGUCAGGCCAUACAAACAGUAUCUACCCCUACAAGAAUGGAAAACCAGUAUGAAGGUCCCCAUCUCUCUGUGCCAGAGUCCCAUCUCCCUUACCACAAUCAAAUGAUGAAUAACCCAGAAUACUAUAUGAUGCCCAGCAAUCAUGGCUCAGCCAUCAUGUCUUCUGGAUCAGGCCAUUCUGCCCAUAUCUUUAACAGCUUUCCACAUGGUGAUCAACAAUUUCCUCCCGCAGCAAACAUUGAAAUUCCAGAGUCUGGCCAGUACCAUGAAUCAGGUGGCUCUAAUUAUCACAGACGUACCAGAUCAUCCAAGUCAAAGUCUAACCAAAACUACCUGGACAUUGUUAAAAACUUUGUCUAUGGCCCCAAAGAAGAUUACAUCAUGACCCGUCCAAGAGAUGACUACAUUGUUGCUCCUCACGAUGUGUUUGGUAAGCCUCCCGAUGACAAGGAUACGUUUUACAUGGCCGUUUCUCCUGAGGUUAAUCCCGCAGAGGUACGAUCCAUUGACCACAAAGGUCUUAUCUCAAAAUACAUCGAUUACCUUCUAAUCGAGAAUGAACACAUCACAGAGAUGUCCAAAUCUGUCUCCAUACCUAUUGAGAACUGUGUGAUGGAUGACCCUUACUUGAUGGAUAUUGUACGAGUCAAGAUUCCCUUCCCAACCCCUAAGUAUCUACAGUGGCUGAGCUCCUAUUACCCCACCAUUCAGGUAGACUGGCCAGCAAUCAGAAAGGAACUGGCAGCCUAUAAUGGAGUGGGAGGGAGGAAACCAAAGAGGACCUAUUUUGUAGAUCGUAGACCCUGCCACAUCCUUCUUGGAGAAUCCUUCUAUUACUUCCAAAGGGAGAAAGACAAGCAAUCCACUGAGAAGUGAUUUCAGCUUACAAACUUCUUGCAUGAAAUAAUGCCAGUUCACGUUGCAUAUUUUACUAUUAUUUUAUGUCAUUACUGUGUUGUCUACAUGGCCAAGCCACUCAAGGGAUCACUGUCCAUCACAAAAUGCCCAUACUGAUUAAUGAAUGGACUUGGACUGAAUGGAUUCUGACCAAUGCCAAUUUUAAGAAAUCUUUUUUCUUUAAAUCAGGAGUUUUGCAAAGUUCCAAAAUAUUAUUUGCAGAUCAUUGAUUCUUUUAUGUUGCAAUGUUUAACAAUGCUGUAGAGUUACAUUACUAAAUUUUUACAACAGUGGGGGAAAAAAGGGAAAAUUUAUGAAUUGUAACACUAUACAAUGGAAACUUCCCAUGAUAAGUAUCUCAAUUUAGGAAAUCUUUUACCUAGGAAAGUCAAUGUAUGACAAAUUCACCAAGUGUUUUUUCUUUUAUAGUUUCAUUUUUAGCUCUACUGGUCAGAGACCAGAAGAGCUUAUGCGAUAGUAAUGCGUCCGGCGUCCGUCCGUCUGUCUGUCUGUCUGUCCGUCUGUCUGUAAACAAUUUUUCAAAACGCUACUCCUCCUACAAUUUUAGUCUGAUUUCAAUAUUACUUGGCACACAAGUAGACUACACUAAGAUACAUAGAAUAAUGCAUCGGUUUUUGAUUUCGAUGAACGGUGUUGCCAUGGUUACUAAAAAUAGAAUUUUCUGUGAAAUUCCUUAAAAACGCUACUCCUUCUACAGUUUUGGUCUGAUUUCAAUAUUACUUGGCACACAAGUAGACUACACUAAGAGACAAAGAAUAGUG